UGUUGAAGGAAAGCUGUUAAUCAUGAUUACUGUAAAUGUGUCAUGGUAAAUAAACCGACUGAUGUUGUGGCCUAUCGAGAGGGCAACACUAGAGGUUGCUGCUGUAUGUUGUACCUUGCAUCAUACUCAGAGGAGUGGGAAGGGCAACUGUGGACCAGACGAAGCAGACUAACAAGGAUCAGCCAGGAUUUUUAUAACGAGCUCUUUUAACUUUACACUGUCCGAGACUAAUCAUUGUUUAAAUAGACAAGUUGAAGCCGCUGCUUCUCUACACGUCGACUACAGAAGACGAGCAGGAAACAAACUAAUUCAAAGGAAACACAUUCAAUAACAGCGUCUCGAACAGUGUGAGGAAGGAAGCGAAGUUCAUUGCGGUAUUCUGGACCGCAGGUAUGAAUGCCGACAUGGAGGAGCAGGAAGACGAACUACUCGCUCUCCAGAGUAUAUUUGAUUCGGAAGAGUUCGUCCGGAAGGAGUCGAACCCUGCCGGAGAAAUCCGAGUGUCAGUGGAGCUUCCUGCGGACUUCAGCGUGUCUCUGACAGAGGGUGAAACAGUGAGGCAAUAUGAGAUAUCAUUCCUUCCACCUCUGCUCCUGGCCUUUGAACUCCCUGAGGACUACCCAUCCUCCUCCCCUCCCUCCUUCACCCUCACCUGCAGCUGGCUGACACACUCUCAGCUUUCUGCACUUGGUGCUCAGCUCACUGAGCUCUACCAGGCCACCGGAGGCGCUGUGGUGCUCUUCUCCUGGGUGCAGUUUCUUAAAGAAGAUGCCCUCAAGUUCCUGGACAUCCAUGCUCUGCUGGAGCUCCCCUCUGAUGAGCACAGCAAUCAGCACUCUAACCAGGACUCACAAAAUGCUGCACACCAAAAUGAUUUACCCUCCCACCACAGCAAAGUCAAUCAGGAUGGUCUAAACUCAGGUCCUUCUAGUGAUUCUAACCAAACUGCACAAGCCUCAGAUGCAAGAGAGGGUGAACAGACCCUCCAAACCUCAGAGUUUAAGGCUGACAGCCAGGAUGAUCCGUCCUCAGCGGCAGGAAUAUCCAAGCAUCUUCCAUUUCCUGAGUCUGAUCAAACAGGCAAUGCGUCAGCAUCAUUAUUUCCUCCCUCUGACUCCUCGGGUGAAUUAGAUCAAAGUGGACAAGGAGCUGGUCCUCUGCCAGUCCACCCCAGAGAAAAAGAGCAAACCCUCUCUGGUCUCUCCCUAACUCCAUCACAAAUUCUCCUGUCCCAGCUCUUGAUCUACAAUGCAGCCCAGAAACAGAACGUGUUUUCCACCACGGUGUUUGACUGUGGUGUGUGUUUUACGGGCUGGCUCGGCUCAGAGUGUGUGCAGCUGUCUGAGUGUGGCCACAUCUUCUGCCAGGCCUGUGUUGCUGAGUUCUGUAAGCUCCAGAUAACAGAGGGGGACGUCCGGGAUGUCACCUGUCCUCAGGCAGACUGCAUGGCCAGUCCUACACCUGCACAGGUGAGGAGUCUGGUAGGGGAGGAGCUGUUCAGCCGCUAUGAUCGUCUCCUGCUACAGUCUUCUCUGGACCUCAUGCCUGAUGUGAUGUACUGUCCGCGGCAUACCUGUGGUUCUCCCGUCAUUCUGGAGGGGUCCAGCACUGCAGCACUGUGCUCUGUGUGUGGCUUUGCUUUCUGUGUCACCUGCAGAAAGACCUACCACGGAGCAGACAACUGUCAGGCAAAGAAGAACAUGAAGGAACAGACAGAAAUUGAUCUACACCAAGACUAUGCAGACCUGCCACAGUCACUAGAGGGGAGAAAGGCUCUGUGGGACGACUAUACCAGUGGUAGUAAGAAGAGGCGGCACCUCCUGCAGAGCAGAUAUGGCCGCAUGAACAUACAGGGCACUGUGGUGGACAGUCUGAGUGAGGACUGGAUAAAUGUCAACAGCAAACAUUGUCCUCACUGCUUCUGCAGGAUACAGAAGGACGGAGGGUGUAACGUAAUGACAUGCUCUCAGUGCAGACAGUGUUUCUGCUGGUUCUGCCUCGCCAGACUGCAGAGAAGAGAUACCCACAGUCACUUUCUUGACAGUCAGUGCCCUAUGCACCAAUAUUAGCUGACUUAGUCCUUCAGCCGCUUUUACCACAGCAACAGUCUGUAAACCAUGGAGGGAAGAGGGUCAAUACAUUUUGGCAUAUGUCAUUAGCAAACAGUUGACAAUGCACAUAAAUGCUGAUUUAAUGAUCAUAACAUUUUUUAUCAACACAGUUUAAGUCUAUGCUUUGUAAACAUUAGAUGCACUGUGGUGAACAAUGUCUUUUAGGCACAGUUUAUACAAAAAAAAAACAAAAAAACAAAACACACAAUUGUCAUGUCAGCUUCACUGUCAGAAAUGUACAUUUUAAAACUAAACAUUUUACAAUCACUGACCUCCAGUGCAGCCUGCAAGUAAUUCACAAAAUAAUAAUAAUAAUAAUAAUAAUAAUAAUAAUAAUAAUAAUGUGUCAUACACUAUCAUAACCAAUAGAGGGCGCUAAAUAACAACAAUUACAGAACAACUUGCAGUAACUGAUACAUAAAGAACUAGGGCACCUAGAGUUGAAGGUCUGCGACUGAUGAUUGUUCUAAUUUUAUUAUUUAAAAUCAGUUUGCCAAUUAUUUCUUCAAUUAUCUGAUCUAUUGCUAAAAAUAAGUAAAUAGUCAUCAUUCAGUGAGUUUUUAGAGCAUAUGCUGACGUCUUCAAAUGUUUUGUUUUGUCCAUGGCGUCCAAAACCUAAAGAUAUUCCAUUUACUGUCAUAAGAGACAAAGAAAACAAGCAAAUAUUCACAUUUGAGAGGCUAAAAUCUGUAAAAUGGUUCUUGUUUUGCUAGAAAAAAGACAUAAAUUGAGCAUUUGAGUGUCCAAUCCAUUGUUUUCUGUUGAUUGACUAAUUAAUCAUUGUAACUCCCAGUCAGAUUUAAACCCUUUAAGCUUCCUGUAAUGUAGUCUAAUUUUCUUCAGAAUUGGAUACAUGCUUUAAUUCCCUUCAAAGGGCACCCUGCAGGUAGUUUAUGGGGUUUUUUGCUUCUACUCGCUGAUUGAUUUCCUGUUUUUGAAACGUUGCCCCUCCCCUCCUCCUCUGUUCUGUCACAACACUGGAACAAAGACCACUGUUGCAUGUCCCCAGGCUGUGUGAGACAUGAUCGGAAAUCUACAGCUGUCUCUCAUAUUAAGCCAAGAAAUACUGGCCCUCUCUCUUUGUUGUCUCUCUUUGUCUGUGUAUAUGUGUGUGUGUGCUCUUGUGUCUCUUCCAGGAAAAGUCCAGUUUCCACACAGGGGUCAUCACUUCCCCAUAAAUGUCUAAACAACUGUUUGCCUUACUGACCCGUAGUCCUCUAGCUGGGCCUGGAGGGCCCUGGAACUUGAGGAUUGGACAUGUGUUUGUGGUUGUCAAGGGGUUUUUUAUUAUUACAUGUGAGACUCAGAAGUACAAAUAAAAAGGUACGCUGAAAUAUUAAUAUCAUGGAGCAAAGCACUGCAGUUAAAGAAUGCAACAAACAUCUAAAACAAAACAAAAAUUGACAAGUUCAAACAGUAAGACUGCACAGUAAAUAAAUAAUGCACAUAUCCCAUUGAAUCCCAUGAAUCCUAACAAGCUCUAAACUUUUGCUGCCAAAAUAAUUGGCAUGCAGCAGGUUUCUUUAGCAGAUAUCUAUGAUGGACAGGUUUUGAGGAAGACAGCAUCGAUCUUGCACUGAACCUUGACUGCACUUUAUUAUGGCUACCAUUCUGCUGGUCUGACACCUUUAAGGAACAGAUACAUCUUUUUUAAUUUGGUUGUUUGCAGUAACUGUGUCCAAUGUCCUCUUGUACGUUCUCCUGUAAAGUUCCUUUCAAGGGACAAUAAAGAUCUCUGGCCUCUGA